GUAGAAAGAAAAUCCGGUUCCGAUGCCACCAACUGGAAUUUUUCCCUCCUCGCAAAGGGAGCAAGUGAAAGCUGCAGGACGAGAAGGGGAACAUGACAGUCUCGCAGUCGCAGCACUUUGAGUACACGAGGACCAUCAGCAUGUCGAAGCAGAGCCGCUAAGCUGAUACCACAACCUGGGCCAGACCUCUCCAAGAGAAGGUUGCCCUGAUCCGCCAGUCUCACAUGUCAGAACAGGGCACCGAUUUUUCCAGCCCUUGUUCCGCGUAUCUGGAUCCAUCCCGCCCCAGCAUGCCCCUGCUUGUCCCGUCUCAACAAAACCACAGAAGCAGCUGCUAAACCUCUGGAGAACAAAUCUUAUCCUCUCAUACAACCCACCUGCCUGCUCGCUAUCUUGUCCUUUCCGCCUUCGUCCUUGGCUUUCGCCUGAGAAUCCGUGACAAUGUCGUGCAUCGGAUUAUGUGCAUGUGAAAUGUCCACAUGCCAUCGUGGAGGACCUGGUAACAUUCGCUGAUAUCAUCUCGGUCCCGCCCUUGCUUCCUCAAACUGCGAUUUUACCUGAAUGCCCCGUACUCCAAUAUUCGAGUCUCACACCCAGAGCCUGUGUGCAGAACGAGACCCGACUUACCUGUCACUACCCUUAUUGAGCUCUUACCACGAAGCAGACACCCCAGACGCUGUUCCCCAACUCCUAGACUGUUGGCGCUUAGAAUGGCGACAGCCUUCCCCCGACCUGAUACGAAAGGAACAGGACGAGAGUCAGUGCCAUGCGAAGAAAUCUCGAGAUCGACCAUUUACACUAUGAUCCCCUCUGUGGUCCGUUCGAGGAUCCCGGUCUUGACCUCCCUUCGGCAUACCGCAAGGACGGUCGUCCUUCAUGGCACAAGUGUUCGCAGGAGAGCAUAUCAGUUUUCCUGCGUCGAAUCCAGCAAAGAGAAGGACAGUUAUGAGUACACAUCCACCACCAACUCAAGUGGAGCUACAACUCCCACAAUCAGAGCAGCGAGCCCGGAAGGAAGCGUCCCUUCACAAGACCUCGCCCUGAGAAUGCUCCCGCCGUUGGAGACAAGAUCAGGUGUAGACUGGGAUGUUGCCCUCACUGGGGUGAGGUUAUGGGUCAAUGCCAAAACCCAGGCAGAGCAAGGAGGGGAUCCGGUCGCCCUGCGGAGCAUGCACAUCGACGCUUUGCGAUAUAUGCACAUGGCCCUCCCAUCAGAUCUGACGCCGCUCGAGAUCCAGAGUCUGCGAGCUAGCAUGGCACCCCAACUUUUCUCCCAAGCAGAAAACUUCACAGAGUAUCGUGCUCAACGACAACCAAACAUCCUCCGCCAGGGUGUUGCCCACGCUGUUUGCUGGCUUGUUGCGGGAUUGCUACUGAUACUGCCGAUUAUAAUGACAUUGCUCAAUCGACUUCUCCAGUUUGAGCGCGACCAUCAAGUCACUGAGCGAGUCCUCGCUAAUGGUAUUGAUCUGACCUCCGCUCUUGGUGAACGUGGUGUAGAGCUACACGAAGCUAUUGUUCGCUUCAAGGAUGGGCGGGUAGGAGGCGCCUGUGUGGAUCUUGGGUCGUGGUUUGUAGAGGGGAUUGUUGGCGGUGUUAACGACGGCAUCGAUGCUGUCGCUCAGAAUCGAAGGAAAGCGCCCGCCGCCAAAUGUCCUAGCUGAUGACUGUUUUCGUGUUGUCCAUAGAGAAUUGGACCGCUAUAGAAUCGUAAGAUACCCACUUUGUUCAUCUUCUCAAGCAUGAGGGUGGUGUUUUGGUGUG